CUUUGUCUGUAGGGGGUACUGUUGAGUAAACUUGAUGGUACUCACCGGAGAGAAGAAGAAAAUAGCUUCCGGUUCAAUUGUUCACUCACUCGGGGUCACAGUCGCUGAACAAACAGAGGAAAAACUUCAGUAUGUUAUUACAUAGAGUGUUACAGCUCGGUGGGUUAACACUGAAACACAGCAGAUCCUUCCAUCACAGUCCAGUAUGGAAGAGUCCUCUUAUACCUAUAGUUGUGGAGCAGACGGGAAGAGGAGAACGAGCGUAUGACAUCUAUUCUCGCCUCCUGAGGGAAAGAAUCAUUUGUGUAAUGGGUCCUAUCGAUGACUCUGUGGCCAGUCUCGUUAUUGCUCAGCUGCUCUUCCUACAGUCAGAGAGCAACAACAAACCCAUUCACAUGUACAUCAACAGUCCAGGUGGUGUCGUGACAGCAGGUCUGGCCAUUUACGACACCAUGCAGUACAUCCUCAAUCCCAUCUCCACCUGGUGCGUUGGCCAGGCAGCCAGCAUGGGCAGCCUGCUCCUGGCAGCAGGAACGUCAGGAAUGAGGCAUUCACUGCCCAACGCCCGUAUAAUGGUCCACCAGCCUUCAGGAGGCGCCAGGGGUCAGGCCACCGACAUCGCCAUCCAGGCUGAGGAGAUCCUGAAACUGAAAAGACAGAUCAAUCACAUCUAUGCCAAGCACACAGGCCAGAAGCUGGAACUCAUCGAGGGUGUAAUGGAGAGGGAUCGCUACAUGAGUCCCAUGGAGGCGCAGGACUUUGGUCUCAUCGACCGGGUCCUGGUCCACCCACCCCAGGCAGGACAGGACGAACCAGAGCUGAUACAGAAAGAGCCAGCAGCCACAGCAGCGGCAGCAGCAGCCGGUUCUUCUUCAGCUCCAGAUUCUCCAGGACCUGAUCAGACCCCUCCAGGCACCAACCCUCCGUCCUCAUACAAACCUGAGCCAUGAGAGCAAAGCUGCUGGGGUUAUAGCACCACCUGGGGGACAAUAUCAGUUCCUGCCCAUUCCAGGACACUGUUACAAAAUCGGACUUAGUUAAACUGAAGUUGAACUGAGAGGACUUUGGUCUCCACUGGUUCAUGAAGUGUAAAUCCAUGGUGUGAUGAGUCCCGUCGACCAUCAAGUAACAUUUAUUUGGAUAUUCUUCUUUGUAAUAAAACAGUUUGACCACA